UUCGUUGAAUCCAAACAAAUCGACAGCGAAUCCCUAUGGUAUCUGGCCACUAUGCCGGCUCCCAAGUGGCAUGCAGAGCUGGAUGAGAUCUUAACAGAGACGAGGCACGAAGCAGUGCUGGCAACUUUGGAGGCCUGGCGCAAGGAUCCCAGCAAGCCCAAAGAAGGCCUGGCGGCGUUGCAACGCAUGGCGCUGGCAGGACCAAGCCCGCAGCACUUCGAUUGGUAUGCUUGCCGUGAACCGCGAAGGUCAGCAGUCUUGCAAACCUUCAGCGAAUUCAGCCCACAGCGAAGGUCCGAACUUUUGAAGUUGUCCGGCCGUUCCGUGCCCGCGGUGCAAGCGGGAGCGAAACCGCGUGCGAAAUCUGCGGAGCGCGCGGCAAAAGGCCACGAUCAAAAGCGUUUCAUGUCCAUGUCGCUGGCAAGGCUGAUACUUUGCACGUUUUUGUCCCUCAGCAUCGCUGAGGUGGACCUUCAGUUGCUGGAUGAUGAGUGCGCUGUGGAAGGCGAAAAGUGUUCUCUACAGGCACUGCAAAUGAAGGGCAGGAAAUUGGCCGCCUCGGCGGAGGCCUGCACUGGCUCGGGGAUUUUGCCCUCAGGGGCGGAUCUUUGCUAUCAGGGCCAGUUGUUGGUAGAGACCUUUAAGGUCAAGGUGCUGAACAGCAAGGGCCAGAGCGGCGCCAUGGACAUGCAGGCCGUUGGGCCCAUCGCGGGCAAGUGCGACGGCGUGGAUUUUGAGAUCAGUGGACAGCAGGUCACUGCUAAGGACCUGAGCACCUGUGGCAUCCAGGGCGCAGAGUACGACGUCAAGUACUGUUCCGACCAGGAUCAGUUCGUUGUACAGAUCCUCAAACCCAUGGCCCUGGACGUGACUUUGGCGCGCGGCAGCUGUGCCAGCUUCGUGCAGAUGCCAUCGCCCCACCACGGCGUAGCGUUGCUGGCGCAGGAGAUGCAGGGAGAAGUCUCAGCAGCUCUGCAAGACUGUGGCGAGGGACCCUUGCCCAGCGGCAUCGUGUGCUACGAGGGGCAGCUCUUGGUGGAAACCUUUAAGGUCAAAGUCACCAACUCCGAUGGCACCACGGGAUCCCUGGACAUGCAGGCCAUUGGACCUUUGGCCGGGCAGUGCGAUGGCGUGGAGUUCGAGAAGGAGGGCAGCCAGUUGACGGCCAACAACCUCAACAACUGCGGCAUUUCGGGUGCGGAGUACGAUGUGAAAUACUGCUCCAACACCGAUCAAUUCGUAGUGCAGAUCACUAAGCCCAUGACGUUGGACGUGAUCCUCGCGCGCAGCAGCUGCGACUCCUCCCUGGCGGCCGUCGCACCGCCGCAGCUCGCGCAUCCGGCAGCGCCACAUCCGGCGGCGCUGGUGGCACAGGAGGCACAGCGCUACUGCAGCGGCUACGGGGGAUUGCCGAAGGGCACCCUGUGCUAUAGCGGCAAAUUUUUGGUGGAGAGUUUUUUCGUGAAGGUGAAAACGUACAGCUCCAGCAGCGGCAAAGUGGAUGUCAAGGCCUCAGGCCCCAAGAACGGUGCCUGCUACGGUCUGAGUUUUCGAAAAUCGGGGCAGUACAUCAACCUGAACUAUGCCAAGUGCGGCUUCAGCGGUUUGAAGUUCAGUGUGCUGUAUUGUUCCAAUCAGGACGCCGUCAAAGUGCACGUCACUGCACCGGUCAUCGGAGAUGUGAUGCUGACCCGCACUAGCUGCAGGAGAUUUCUCCAGAACGAAAAAAUUCAGCCGUCACCAGUUGCUUCCCCCUUGAUGGCUCGACGCCAUGCGCUGCUGCUACUACUGGCACCCUGGUGCUGCACCUUCCUCGCUCCGCUGGUCAGCCGGCGAGUCCGGACACCGACACGCCGCAAUGCGGUCGCAGGGAACAGCGAGCGAGAAGAGCUUUGGGCAAAACGCCGCGAUCAGAUGAUCCUCCCGGGCGCCCGAGUCGUAAGUGCUGGAGGGAAGCAGGGCUCAGCCUUCGUUAUCUCGAACUCCGAGAACGGCACCUAUGUGAUCACGUGUCACCAUGUCAUCAAAGAUUCCAUCAAGCAGAUCGAUCGUUGGGAUCCCAUUGAGAAAUCCUCCAAGAAGGUGGAGCAGCUGCUUCCGGUCAGUGUGGAGACUUUUCGCUACGAUCUGCAUGGCCGGCAUUUGCAGACGGUGACCACCUCUGCCGAUAUCGUGGCCUAUUGCGCGUAUGGCGAUCAGUGGAGCUUCGAGGGUGACCUGGCACUGCUGAAGCUGAAGGCCCCCGUGGAGAUCACUGCGGCAGCACUCAUCAGCGAAAAGAACUUUGAGGAGGUGCGCGCCCUGGACGAGGUGGUCAUGGUGGGCUGCCCCGAUUCCUCCGAAGUGCCAUUGCCCACCACCGGUCAUGUGGCCUCUCUCUCCGAAGUCCGUGCGGGGAUUGGUCUCAUGUUGUCCCAGGUCUUCGGCAAUCCUGGGAGUUCUGGCAGCGCCGUGUAUCGCUUUUCACCCGAACGCAACCAAUACGAGGUCAUAGCCGUGCAUUCGCUCACCGAUGGUCGUGGAUCUCUUACCUCGCUGGGUCGUGGCAACUUCUUAAGGCUGUCGGUGCAAGCACCAGAGAUUCACAAGUUCCUCCGGAGUCACCAACUCCUACACUUGGUGCAACCUAAAGAAGCUCAAGGCACAAAGUCUGCCCCAAAGAAGGCGGCCAAAACUGCCAAAACGGCCUCAACUGGCACAAAGACUGCCACGAAAGCGAAGAAAAAGGCGACCAGCUGAUGACCUGAAGGCUACGUACUUGAGCCGUUGGAGAUGUGUAGCUAUACCCCCAAAAAGGAUAGGUAAAAACCGGC